UGGUACCCCGCAGUUCUCCUUCGUCAUUGUUGCGAACAAGAGCACAACUGUAGAAGCUUAUCUUACAGCAUCAACGACAGCCCGGCGUUGCUGCCUGAAGGCGGGUCGUUGUCUUGUGCCGCGGCGGUGAUUAGAUGUUUUGCUGCUGUGGUCAACCUGCUCUGUCUCGUUCGAAGCCGACCUGUGCGUGGUAUCGUAUAUAUCCAUGUAGUGUGCUCGUUUCUCCUAUGCAUGACGUCCCUCCCCUCGUCAACGAUUACACUGUGAAGCAGAACAUCAGUAGUCGCUGUUCAUCUUUGUGUUGCAGACAUGCCUUCUUCGACACUCGACAUUCCUCGCUGGGUGCCCCCCGAGCCAACCAAAACGUCGGACAUCGACUGGGCUCCACUCUGGACGCUGGACCUCUCGGAGAUCAGGGGUGAAAACUUUACCGAAGUGUCCGAAUCCCUCGUUGCACGCGUCGGCGAGGCGUUCCACAAGGACGGUUUCAUCUACGCCGUGAACCACGGCCUAUCAUGGGACGAGGUUCUGCGGCAAUUCGCCAUUGGGCAGUAUGCAUUCAAUGCGGUGACGGAGGAAGAAAAGCAGAAGUUCAAAGCCGACAUCCUCCGAACCGGUAGCUUCGCUGGGUACAAGGAGAUGGGCCACUGGAAGAUCAACGGUGUCAAGGACAAGAUCGAGCAGUUCAACGUUGUCUCUACGAGCUUUAGCAAGGAGAAGCGUGAGGCCUCGUUCCCACCUGGCCUAAAGGCUCUCAUUCCGGAAAUUCAAACUUUCGCCAAGUUCAACCACGAGAAUAUCUACCGCAAGGUCCUCACAUUACUCUCCCUCGUACUCAAGCUACCCGCAGAUUACUUGUGGAAUCUGUCUCGGGACCCAGAGUCGAAGGGCCUGGACCUAUUGCGGUAUGCCGCCUACCAUACGCCGAGCAAGGAGGAUGACCAGGCUCUGGGCGGCGUCAGGCUACAGGGGCACACGGACUUCAACGCCGUUUCGAUCCUCUGGAGCCAGCCGAUCACAAGCUUGGAGGUGCUAAUGCCGAGCAACGAGUGGAAGUUGGUCAAGCACAUCGACAAUGCGCUCGUCAUCAACUUGGGUGACUGCCUUCAGUUCCUCUCCGGCGGCUACCUCAAGCAGACGAUCCACCGUGUUAUUGCGCCGCCCGAGGACCAGGCGCACUACACGCGCCUGGGCAUCUUCUACUUUGCCUUCACCAAUGCCGACGUACCGCUGGAGCCACUGCUGGAAUCGCCUGUGGUGCGCCAGGCGCUCAGCGAGCGCGCCGAGGGCCCCGACUUCUGGGCCGAGAACCGCAAGACGGGUGAGCGCAUCCCCACUGCCGGCGAGUGGGAGAGUCUGCGCGUCAGAGCGUACGGGCAGCAAGGGACCAAAAAACGUGAGGAUGGGCACGAGACGGAGAAGAUCGGAGGCGUCGAGGUUACGCUGUACAACGAUGUGCAGAAGCUGAAGAAGGACGAGCUUGUACAGUUGGCACAGCAGCUGCAAUCCAAGGCGCUGGUCGCGGGCGCGUGAACGUGCACAAGCGCAUGCUCACGGACGCCCGGCUGGACGAACAGGUUCGGCUUGUUACUACUCCACCAGUUGCAGCCGGCGCCAUAACCACAGCAUUUCUUCGCUAAUGACCGUGACGACAAGAGCCUUUCAUGCCUACCUUUCUCCCUGGCAUUCAACAGCAGCCCCUCCCCCUGCCACACACUCACACGGCGCAGAAUCACGGAUUAUCGAACGAAAAGCCCUGAAACCUCACACGCGCCUGUUUCAGUUACGCGCGUGCAUAUAUUAUCUCAUUUGUAGCAUAUUUCGAGCCUCAACGGCCCUCGU